AUGGCUUCAACGACUCUAGUGUUGGGUGAAACCGUCGUGCUACUCACUACAGUCUUGACGCUCUUCAACACUACUUUGUCCACUAUUAUCCGAGAAGACAUUGAUACAGCCCCUGCUGGAAGCCUAACAAUCUCCAACGUGAUUUUAGAAACUAUAACGCAGACGGUGCCAACAUCAACCAGCACGGGGUCUUCAGAGACAACUCAAGCAAGCCAAGAUGUAACCUUAUCCAGCGCAUCAUCUACAGGUCUGAAUGAUGAAAAGCCAACUGGCAAGGAAGAUCAAUCGGGAAGAUCCCCGGAUGGACUCAAAGGCGGCCCUGUCGCUGGAGUUGCCAUCGGCUGCCUCGUUGCUGGCCUUGCUCUGGGACUCAUAGCAGCCUUUUUACGUUUCCGGAGACGGCGGAGAGGCAAGCCAGCAAACGAAGGAUUCGUUUUAGCAGAUCAAAAAUACACGGAACCCAAGGAUGGGACACAGGUCAUAGUUUCAUCGUCGAGGCACGAUGCUGAACUCAGCCAGUUUCUUCUCGAGGCAACUCCGGACAAGGACCUCCAAGCAGAGCUGCGCUCACUAUCCGAACUCAUUUAUCAGCACGUCGAGAACUAUUACCGUCGACCCCAAGUCCAGGCCGACCCUGCUGAGGUGGCUCAGAGCCUCACCAAUAUUGGCUACUCACCAGAAGCGUCAGGACUGCAGGCAGACACAGUUGCUGCCAUUUGCCUCAGCCCCAAGACAUCUCAAGUUGGACUCCGCCAUGUCCUCUCGCAUGUCAUCUUUCGGAGCCUCGAUUUCAAUUCUGGCAGCAGCUUGUCCAUGCUUCCACUAGAGGUUGCAACACUGACGCAAAGAAGCCACUCAGCUGAAAACGCAAACAAUCCUGCAAUUACCUUGGCGCGUUCAAGGUGGCGCACUCUCUCUGCUCUGCUUCUCCAUCCUAACCCGGAUGAGAGAACACCGCUCCCGGUGUCAGUGACAGAAGCUUCCCCUAUGGCUCUAUCUCUUUCGAAUGAGCUAAACCAGUUCUUGGGAGUGUUUGUUACACAAGACACUGCUAGCCUACAGGAUCAGAUGAACCAUCUGCAGGCUGUCAUUCUUGAGUGCACCAAACUUGGCUAUGUCGUUCUAUCGCAGCCGAGUGACUUGGGGUUUGUUUUUAGCAACAGUGCAUCCAUUACAAAAAGCUGUAGGAUCGUGGUGUGUCCUGGCUUGGAAAGGCUCAGCCAAAACGACGGAACGAGGUAUAGAUCGCCCAAGGAGAUAGUAGCACCGGAGACUGUGAGUCUGUGA